AUGGUGGUGCAGAAUAAUCUGGACCUUGGGGAUUCUAGAAAAUGGAUUGUGCUGGAGCCAUUUAUCCACCAGGUUGGAGGCCACAUGAGCAUGAUGAAGUAUGAUGACUACACCGUCUGCAAACCCCUCGUCUCCCAGGAGCAGUGGUUCUACGAGACUCUCCCUGCAGCGAUGAAACGAUUCACACCUCAGUACAAAGGUAUUGUUUCUGUACAUCUCAAGAAGGACAGCAUGGGCAAUUUGAGCCUCAUAGCCUGCCCGCAAACGGAUAACCGCAGUUCCCUGGACAAUACCUCCAAGGAGUCUUCAAUGACAAUUUGGCAGAAGCUCAACCAGGCAAACACCAGCAGUGGUGACCACACGUUUGUCAAAUGGAAUCAUGGCCCACUCACAAACACCGCCAAAGACAGCUGCCAGGGGAAAACGGUAUUACAGACAGACCUUCAGUACCACAGAGACGUGUCUUCAAUUAUGGAGGAUGCCAAUGGGAACCAGCCAGAAAAGAACAGCUAUAAUCCCUGGGGACUGUACUGCCAUAAACAGCAUCUAAACCGCAUGUCUUCGAAGUAUAAUGAGAACAAACUUCAUCAAUUUUUGUUGCUUGAAAAUGUGGUAUCCAAAUAUAAAUGCCCUUGCAUUCUGGACUUAAAGAUGGGAACCAGACAGCAUGGUGAUGAUGCAUCAGAAGAGAAGAAAGCACGCCAAAUAAAGAAGUGUGAACAGAGCACAUCAGCAUCCCUUGGUGCCCGUAUUUGUGGGAUGCAGGUCUACCAGGCAGACACUGUUCAAUAUCUCUGCAAAGAUAAGUACUAUGGGCGGAAACUCUCACCGGACGGCUUCAAGCAAGCCCUCUUGCAGUUCCUUCAUAAUGGGAACCGCCUCCGAACGGAUCUUGUGGAACCCAUUGUGUCUCAGUUGAAGGCUCUGCUGUCGGUCAUCAAAAAGCAGAACUCUUACCGGUUCUACUCCAGCUCGCUUCUCAUAAACUACGAGGGCCUGGAGAAAGCAACGCCUUCAGACAAUCACCCUCAGGGACACUGUCAGCAUACUAGCUGCUCUGUUCCACAUGGAAACAGCCACCCCAAAGUGGAUGUCCGUAUGAUAGACUUUGCUCAUACAACCAACAAAGGCUCUAGGUUUAAUCACACCGUCUAUGAGGGACCAGAUCAUGGCUACGUUUUCGGUCUAGAAAACCUAAUAAAAACUUUUCAGAGUAUCUCUGUGGGAGAAUGACAACGGCUGAACUACCGAGAGACCUUGUGGCUGUAAAAGGCACACCCCGUACUUCAGAGCAAUGGCUCUCCCAGCAACUAUGUCACAGCCAGAGUUUUGAGGGGUGAACUGGACAGCUUAUUAGGAAAAACUCUGAAGAUACUACAUGCUACUGUGGAUUACACAGAAUCCAUCAUACCUGCGAUCCAUAAGAAGGUUAUUGCCCUUCCUUGUUUUAACGUCGUCCAUUCAUAUCAUUUCUCAGCUAGAAGGAAAUGUUACUUGAAAAUCAUUUUAGGACUUGUUCAUAAAGCACCAUUUAGACUUGCAAGGCCAACAGAGGCCAAACACAUGCCGUGCUCCUGAAAAGGGUGGUGUAGAUGGUUUAGCAAGUCCUUAAAAACCUCCAGCUUUACAUUUUAAUUCACUGUUUGAUGGGCCAAGGACUUUCAAUAAAGCAAUCAGAUGACAACCAUGCUCCACAAGCUCAGCCACCACCAAACUCUGGCACUUUAAAAACGGGCUGUAGAUCAAUUCCUUGAUUCUUUAUAUUCCAUACCAGAGUGUGUGGGAAAGUAUUCUCCAAGGAAUCUACGUGUCAGCCAAAAGGAGUGAGUGAGGAAAGCAAUAAAAAGCAGAAGUAGAAGCAGGCAGGGGUGAGAUAGCCCCUCCUGGAAUAAGGCAGUGCUUUCAAAGGUUCUCUGAUGGAAGAGCUAGAAGGGCUGUUAUGGAGAGGGUGCAAAAUCUGUGUAAUAACAGUCACAAAUGAAUUCAUGUCAUGGCUUUUUAUAUUGGAGAGGCAUCACCUGAGGAAUUAGACAGGGCUUGAAGACAUGUGUGCACAGAUAUCAGGGUUAGGGCCCAGAGGAGGAGCUAGCUGCUCCGGCACCCAGAGCGCCGCAUAUGCUGUGCACCUGGGGGCAGGGCCAUGGGGGCAGGGCAAACAUCUCAGGGGGAGAGACACCCAUGGUGGGCU